AGGCCCCGCAGCAGAGCCCAGGCCGCGCCGACGCCUGCGUGGCGUUGCCGGAAGCGCCCGGCAGCGGCGGAUGUUGACGCUGCGCGGCCCCGCUGAGGUGAAAAGGGAGAGAAGGAGCGGGUGGCCGCGUCGUCCAGCCUGCAGGCAGCCCCUGUCCCGCCGCGCACUGUAUCGAGAUGGCUGAUGAUAACGAAGACCUGCAGGCAGAUGAAGAGCUUCCAGCUCCAGCUGAGGACAGCUUUGAACAGCUGGAGAAUGACAGCCCUGCUGAGCGCAGUGGGCACGUGGCAGUCACUGAUGGGCGCUGCAUGUAUGUCUGGGGAGGCUAUAAGAAUGCCCAAGUUAGGGGAUUUUAUGACUUCUAUCUGCCUAGAGACGAAAUAUGGAUCUACAACAUGGAAACUGGAAGAUGGAAGAAGAGUAAAACAGAGGGAGAUGUUCCUCCUUCCAUGUCUGGAAGUUGUGCUGUGUGUGUAGACAGAGUGGUGUACCUCUUUGGAGGACAUCACGCACGUGGCAAUACAAACAAGUUCUACAUGUUAAAUUCCAGAUCCACAGACAAAGUGCUGCAGUGGGUCAGAGUAGAGUGUCAGGGGAUACCCCCUUCUUCAAAGGACAAACUUGGCGUUUGGGUUUACAAAAACAAGCUGAUAUUUUUUGGAGGCUAUGGUUAUUUUCCUGAAGGGAAACAACGGGGAACUUUUGAAUUCGAUGAAACCUCUUUUUGGAAUUCAGGUCUUCCUAGAGGGUGGAACGACCACGUGCAUGUUCUGGACACUGAAACUUUUACUUGGAGCCAGCCUAUAACUACGGGUAAAACUCCAUCACCACGAGCAGCUCACGCCUGUGCUACAGUUGGGAAUAGAGGCUAUGUGUUUGGUGGCAGAUAUAGGGAAUCCAGAAUGAACGAUCUUUACUAUCUGAAUUUGGAUACGUGGGAGUGGAAUGAAAUAAUCACACAAGGCAUUUGCCCAGUUGGCCGAUCAUGGCAUUCUUUAACACCGAUUUCCUCGGAUCACCUCUUUCUCUUUGGAGGAUUCACCACUGACAAGCAGCCGUUAAGUGAUGCUUGGAUUUAUUGCAUCAGCAAGAAUGAGUGGGUACAGUUUGAGCAUAACUACUCUGAAAAACCAAGGUUGUGGCAUACUGCUUGUGCAAGCGAAGAGGGAGAGGUGAUCAUCUUUGGGGGCUGUGCCAACAACUUACUUGCCCAUUCAAAAGCUGCUCACAGUAAUGAAAUACUUGUGUUUUCCUUACAACCGAGAUCUCUCGUAAGGCUGUGCCUCGAAGCAGUCAUUUGUUUUAAGGAGAUGCUGGCCAGUUCCUGGAAUUGCCUCCCCAAGCACUUACUGCACAGCGUCAACCAGCGGUUUGGCAGCAACAACACCUCGGGCUCCUGAGCCCUCUGCAGAAGUUGCUGACCAAGCUGUGUGUGGAUGAGCAGCUCGAAGAUGUAAUAAUUCUACCAAGUGUGGCAAACAUUAUUGUAUAGGUUAAGUAUCUUGAAGUGUGUUGUGUAUUGUCAUAGAUAGUUGCUUCUUACCUUUUAAGUUGCAUGUGAAUGGCCUAGAGAGAACCUAUUUUUGUGUAAAGAUGUUUGCAAUAAAUGUAUUUAAUGCAA